CCGUGGUGAGCAGCGGCCAUAAUUCAAAGAUAGAUGGCGCUGGACGCAGACUCGCGCGAAUCUUUGCGGGAAUGGCUAGUGCGCAUUCUGGAACCUCUAUGCGACGCGGAGCCGUCUGUGCUGUCCAAGUACGUGUUAGCGCUAGUGCAAGCAAAUCCAGCCAAGGAAGGGUUGGAAGAACUCUGCCGCAACAAACUGCGCGAGUUUCUCGGUGACGAGACAAACGCAUUCGUCGAUCGCUUGUUUAAAACGCUGCGAACGAAGGCCUACCUGCAGAAAUCAUCGUCUCCGCGGCAUGAUGCACCCCUUGCGCAGGCACCAUCGACACUUCCGUUGUUGGACACGAGUGAUGGAGAUGAGCAAAAUCAUCGUCGAGGACGCGACGACAGCGAUGUGGAUGUCGAUGGGGGAAGAAGCAAACGGCCUCGACGUUCUCGGUCGCGAUCCCCGCCGUCGCUGCGGGACGCUCACCGAUCCCACGACCGCCGACAGGCGGCGGCACCUUACAGUCGCGAACCACGGCGAGAUCAAGGACGUGUCGGCGGCGGUGGUCGCGGCAAUCGCGGCGGGCCGAGGGGCUACGAUCAGUGGGGCAGCCUGCCACCGCACAUGCAAAGCGGUGGUGGUGGAUGGGGACCAAUGUACCCUCGACCGAUGUACCCUCCCAUGUUGAACCCCGACGCGUUCGACCCAAACGCGUACGAUCCCGACAGUCCGUCCAUGCAUCCGCCGUUUUAUCCGACCCAUCAUCAUCCGCCGCCUCCCCACAACCACCGCGGCCGUCCCGACAAGCCCACCUUUACUGACAGCGACAGCACGACCCUCCGCGUGGAAAACGUCGACGCCAAGUUCAUCAACAUGGUCAAGCUAAGCGGGCACUUCAGUCGAUUUGGAGACGUUGUGAACGUGCAGAUGCGGCCAGAGUUCCGCGCCGCGUUCGUUCAGUUUGCGACCCCCGAGGCCGCGCGCAAGGCGUUCCACUCGCCCAUGCCCGUGUGCAACAAUCGGUUCAUCGCGGUCAAGUUUGCCAAGCGGUCGCCCAAAGACUUGGGCGAAAUCGACGUGGACGCGGACCAGACGCCCGAAGCGCUGCGCGCGGCGGCGCUCGAAACCGGCAAGAAGAUCCUCGAAGAGAAGCGCCAGUUGGUCGAACAGGACAAGGCGUUGCUCAAGCAGAGACAGACGUUGCUGACGAACCAGCUGUCACAGCACCAGUUGCUCCGUGAAAAAAUGCUCGCCAAGGGACUGCUCUCGGCUACCGAACAGCCCAAGGUCGACGCCAAGAUCGCCGCGCUCAAGGCCGAGCUGGACGCGCUGACUCAGCCGCCGCCGAAUGUGCCGCUGGCGACGCUCCAAGCUGAGCUCAGUCAGUUGGAAGCCAAAGCCAAGGCAAUUCGACGGGGGGGUGGCGGUGGAUCGAUUGAUAAUCGAACGAAAGUGGUUCAAGUGACUGGCAUUCCCCCCGCCUUGCGAGAUGUGACCGCGCUGACACAGCAUUUUGCCACGUAUGGGUCGAUUGUCAAGGUCCGCCUGGUUGAAGACGUCGGGUACGUUCAGUUUGCGGACCGAUACGGUGGUGAAAAGGUACGAAAGAUUAUAUAUUUAUAGGAAUGGAUAUAUACAUGGAUGAUGAUCGUAGGCGCUCAAGUUUGGCCACCAAAGCAGCAUCGCGGGAGACGAAGCGCUGACAUUGUCGUGGUGUGACGAUCAGUCGAAAGUGCUUGAGUAAAAACCGUUUUCAUAGAGCCACAAAUAGAUAGAGUGACCGACCCUAUCUAUAUACCCCCGCGGCUAUAAAAUUCGAAUCCACAAACAUAUCAAUA